GUCUUUAUUAUCUUCCGCGAAGAAACAUUUAAAAGCGUCUCCAUUUUCCUUUGCAGUUAAGCAAACCGAACCCAUUUUAUUCAAUUCGAACCCUAACUCCACGGACCCGACCAGAAUAUAAACCGGGUUUCACCGUCGUCUACAAACAUGAUCGUGACGAACACUCCGGCGGCGGACCUCGCCCUCACGAACCUCGCUUACUGCUUGCACGCCGAUCUUCAUGGCUUCGCCGUCCCUGGCACCAAGCUCUACCUCGCCUCCAUCGCCGAUUCCUUUGUUCUUUCUCUCACAUAUCCUUUUCUCUCAUUUCUUACUGCUCCUUAUUUCGCUCUAAAAUUUUGUUUCAUCAUGCACAUUUCCAAUUCUGAUCAACCUUGAUUCUGAUCCUUUAUAGUAGAAUUUUCUUGCACAAGCUAAGAUUUGCCAUAUCUUAUUUGCUUAGAUGUAAAUCCGAAAAGUCUCUUUUAGAAUUUGCUCUGAAAUUUGUUGAUUUCAUGCAUAACUAAGAUUUGCGUGUAAUUUUUGUUAAGAUUGAUGGCUUUGUUUGAUUAUUCUUGUUUUGGUGGCCUUAACUAAGAGUUGAUGAUGAUACUGCUCACGAGAGCGAACGAAAUGGCCACAUAGCUCUAAAUACGAUUCAGCGUCGGCAUGCCAGGGUUUCAUCUGGUGAUACCAUAUCGGUUAACAGUUCAGAGCUCGUUCGAUUCGAUACCACCACCACCACCACCACCACCACCGCCACCAUCGCGUCUUUUUUUUCUUAGUAUUGUUUCUAAUUGUUGUGUGUGGUUUGUAAUUUGUUUUAGAUUUAUUCCGCCUGAGAAUUUCGACCUGGCAUUGCUUACACUUGAGUUGGAGUCUCUGAAAAAGGGGACUAAAAGUGAACAGGUUGUGCUUGCUAACCAGCUUAAAAAGAGAUUUAUGAACCAGGUAAUGACAGCAGGGCAAAGAGUGUCAUUUGAGUUUCAUGGAAAUAACUAUAUUUUCACAGUCAAUCAAGCUGCUGUAGAGGGGCAAGGAAAAUCUAGUACUAUUGAAAGAGGGAUGAUAUCAAGUGAUACAGACAUUGUCUUUGAAACAUCAAAUUCGAGUGGAAUAAAGGUAUAUUUCUAUAUUUGAUUGUGUUCUAGUCUUUAUACACACACAUAUUUUGUUCUUGUUAUGAAUUUUUUCUUUUCGGUAAAGACACAUGCACUAGUGGGUCUUGAACUCAUUACCUUGCCCUCCACCUUGUUCUUACUAGGAGGAGAUGCCAUUUGAGCUAGUGCUCAUUGGCUUCUUUCUCCAUUUAUUCCACUUAGCUAUCUAUAGGGGCCAGUUAGCCAGAAGGUACUAUUAAAAGCUAUACAAAUUGGGCCUAUGGCCCAAUCCGAGGAUAUUAACUAAUCCGAGGAUGGUUAAAUAAGGUUAUUAUAGGAAUGGUAUGAUAAGAAAAAAAAAAAAAAAAAAAGGAUUGUGUGUGAUAGUCCAAAAUAUGUCCGAGGAGGAAAGUCAUCUCGGAAACAGAGGUCCGAGGUCAGUAAGAAUGUCUUAUCAUCCUGGACAUCAUUCAAGGUUGCAUCACGAUUAGAAGUCAGACAUUGGAUAAGGGAUGAGUAAAGCGAGGCAACAAAUAUCUUCAAAAGCUGCUACCUCCACAUUAAAUGCAUUCCAGCUAACUCUUUGACCGCAUUAAUGUGAAAGUGAUACUUGAACAGUGGUUAAGCAGCCUUACAACGGCUAAGUUGAAGGUUCUAGGAGGUGUUGGAUGGGAUAAGAAAGAGUUCCUAGAACCUAACCUACACGUGUAUGGUAGAGAUGAUAUCAAGAUUAUAGUAUAUAGCAUAGAAAGGUGGCCAAAAAGAAGGGAUCGAAAAAAACGAAGAAAUCUUUGUAAUAAUUCUUUGAACUAUUGUAACCUUGUUCAUCAAUAAAACAUUAUAACAUAGCUCCUCAGGCUGUGUCGAUGACAGA